AUGGUAUCACUUGGUUUCAUGGCUGCAGUGAGCGUUCGAGUAUCAAACGAGCUUGGUAAAGGAAGCUCCAAAGCCGCAAAGUUCUCAAUCGUUGUCACAGUGCUUACAUCGUUGGCCAUCAGAUCCUUUCUGUUUUUCUUAAUUUUUAGGGAAAUACUUGCUUAUAUAUUUACCUCUAAUAAAGAGGUGGCCGCAGCUGUCGGAGAUUUAGCACCUUUGUUAUCGAUCUCUAUACUGCUAAACAGUGUUCAACCAGUUCUCUCAAGAGUGGCUAUUGGAGCUGGCUGGCAAAGCAUUGUUGCAUAUGUCAACAUAUGUUGUUAUUACAUCAUAGGUAUUCCAGUUGGGAUUGUGCUUGGUAAUGUUAUCCAUUGGCAAGUCAAGGGAAUAUGGAUGGGAAUGUUGUUUGGAACAUUGAUUCAAACUAUAGUGCUAAUUAUAAUCACCUACAAAACUAAUUGGGAUGAGCAGGUAUCUUACAUAUUUGAUACUACCUGA